AUGCGAGGAGCGCAUUUGAAAUCAUUCUCCCAGUCAGGAAAGAGCAUACACAAGUUUCUUCAGCCACUUUCAGUGGUCCACAAGGCCAAAGAGAUGCAGCUCCUGACCGCUAAUGAUGAUCUCGCUCAACUGACAGGUGGGAGACCCCUCGAUGACAUUUCCAACAUGCCAUCAGACGAUCGCCGCGCUGUACUCUAUGAUAUGCUUGGCGAUUGGGAAGAUGCUGUUGCGGUCGAAAUGCUAGUGCGCGACCUCACGAUCAAGGUGGAAAGGCAGGACUGUCAAUGCGGGCAAUUGAUGGAAUACAUCCAGCGCCUCUCUUAUUUUGCCAAGAUGCCACAACUUCAAAAGAUUACAAUUGAAUGGUAUACGCCACCGAAAGAUGUGGACGACGGUUUGCCUUAUGACUGGAGUACGCUAUCCAGUAGUAACAGUAGUAAAGGAACCAGCUUACACAGCGUCACGGACGAUGAUGGAACUUACGAGAACGAAGGUUAUAAUGAGACUUUGAGAUGGGAGACUUCGGACGAUGAUAUCUGGAGCCUGGAUGGAGAUCUCGGUGAGACACGUCUGGAUUUCAUCGCUCUCAAUAAUGGCCAAAUGGUUGGCAAACACCCAGCCACAAUUCCCAGAGUUGCCUCUAUAACCGUCCAUUUCGCAACAUCUCUAUAUACGAAUCUUACACUGUUUCAUAGAGAAAGUCUUGAUACGCCUAAGCUCGUCAAAGCUUGGAUCGCAGCUUUGGUUUUCCACGGCAACCGCGCAUUCCAUAGGCUCAUAAUGGGUACUACUAGAGCCAAGGUCCAAUCGCUGAGGGCCAAAACGAUGCUAAGAACUAUACCAGCGAUGGUAGUAGCCAACGGGAGAGCACUGGAAAAUGCUGGUCAAGAAAAACACAAUCGAUGUAGCCCAGACGCAGACAAGGCAGAUGGUCAGAGUUAUUUUAAGGAAGGGUCUAUUGACGGUCGCCCCUUUUGA